CAUGUAUUUAAUUUUCAAAAUGAAUAUCUAAUACAAAAUCCGGCCUGGAAAAUCCAUCUAAUACAUGUUAAUAAAUAGAUAACUAAUUAACUAUUAAGAUAAGAACAUAUAUAUUUGAUCUUACCCUACAUUUAGAUUAACCAAAAACACAUUGUGAAACCUUGAUACAUUAUAAAAGCAAAGCCACAUUGCUAAAGAUUCAAACAUUUGAAUAGAACAACUAUAUCCCAUCAAAUGGGAAAACUCACAACCUUGAAUGGCAUAUUGAAAGACGAAGCGUCACAAAUGAAACUCAAUGUGGUUCAUUUGUGUAGCUCCGUGAAUGCCAAAACCAUUGACUUAGCUCUCUUGAAAGCCACGUCUCAUACCUCACACAAUCCACCUUCAGACAAAUACGUCACUUUCCUCCAAUCAACUAUUGACACGUGCUACGGUCCUGAGACUGUCGCUGCCAUCCUACAUAGGCUCCGUUUAACGACGGACGCGUGCGUGGCUGCUAAAUGUCUUAUUCUUCUCCAUAAGAUGAUUAAAACAGAAAGUGGGUAUAAUGGAGAAGAUAAUCUUCGGGACUGUAAUAGUCAUCGUACUUUGAUUUAUAAUCAAGGAGGGAGUAAUCUUAAAUUGAAUAGUCUCAAUGGAAAUUCAUCUCGUUUUACUAGAGAGUUGUCUCCAUGGGUUCAAUGGUACCAACAGUAUCUAGAUUGUUAUUUAUCUAUUGCGGAAGUUUUAGGCGUUACUCCAAACAUAAAAGACAAAACAGAAGAUAAGCGUUUGGAGACUCAACGAGUCUCUUCUUACACAACUGAUUGCAUUUUCAAACAAAUUGAUUUCCUAGUAGAUCUUUUCGAACAUAUAAGUGACAGGCCAAAAACUCCAACGUCGAAGCUGAACAAAAUCAUUAUUGAGAUGAUAGAACUAAUGGUACAAGACUACUUCUCUGUCAUAAAAUUGAUCAGGAUAAGGUUUGAAGAAUUGAACGAGAGAGUAGCUAAAUCUUACCAGUUGGUUCCGGUUUUGGAGAGGCUUGAAAAUUGCAAGGAGGGUUUGAACGAGUAUUCUUGGCGAAGCAAGUAUUUGAUUGAAGAUUUUUGGUGUUUGGUAUCGAAAUUAAAAGAUAUGUAAUGCUUGAUGAGAGAAGAAAUUAAAUGUUGUACCAGUCCGGUCCGGUUCCUUAGCUAAAAUCUUAUAUUAUCAUAGCUAGGUUUGUCCGUAAAUCUGGUUUUAGUCUCUAUGGGGUGUUCAUGAGUCGAUUCCAUGUAGUUAUUUAUAAAUAAAUUAUGAAUAUUAUAUGUAAAUAUGUUAUGAAUGAAUACAUAUGUAGCCAUGUACGGCCAGUAAGUGAGAGGCGUGUGUGAAACCACAAUGUCCAAAACCAUCGUAAAAACUCAUACAAGUUUUUAAAAACCAAAUGAAAAAUUCCAUAGAACAAUUUCUAUUUUCUAGAG